CAUUGCUCGUGACCAGCAGUAAUCAGGAUGAGCCGCUAUCGCUUUAAUGAGGUUGCUGGAGUUAAUUACACAAAAGUUAUCCUGCUAUUGAGACCAAUCUGAAGACUCAUCUGGUCUCGGUAUAUCUGAAUCAUGUGCUUGUUUAUAAAUCCGCUGUAGAGACACCUCCACGUUUGUCUGCCAUAGUUCGUCCUUCGACAAUAUCGCAAUCACCACAGAAAGCCCCAAACGGUUGUUUAAUCCGCAGAAUGCGAUUCGGAAAUCUGGCGUUCGCCCAGCGCCAUGAGCGCACACCUGAUGAGCGGGAGUUAGUCAAACGACUGGAUAUUUUCUUGAUGACAUUCGGGUGCAUUUCUCAAGUGAUUAAAUACCUUGAUCAAUCAAAUAUAAGCAAUGCAUACGUGUCGGGUAUGAAAGAAGACCUCGGGUUGAAUGGCGAUGAGUUGAACUACUUCCAGACUUAUUUCAAUGUUGCAUACUGCAUUAUGCUCAUUCCUUCACAAAUCAUCCUUACAUAUGUCCGCCCAAGUUACUGGCUUCCCGGCCUUGAGAUAUGUUGGGGAGUAAUCACUGGGUUGAUAGCCAUUACCCAUCAUGCCAAGCAAGUCUAUGUCUUACGAGUAUUUCUGGGUCUCUGCGAGAGCUCUGCGUGGCCGGGAAUGAUGACUCUUUUCAUGCAUUGGUAUACGCCUACUGAGCUCGCCAAGAGAAUGGGAUUUUAUCACUCUUGUCAAGCACUCGGGUCUAUGAUGUCAGGAGCCCUACAAAUAGCCGUGAUCAAUACACUCCAUGGUACAAGUGGCUUAGCUGGAUGGCGUUGGUUGUUUGUCAUCAACGCGAUCAUGACGGUCGUGGUUGGACUUUGCGGCAUUUUUCUGCUUCCAGACUUGCCUAACAAUGUCAAUCCACGAGCCUUUUGGUUCAAGAAAGGCCAUGCUAAACUGGCCAUGGAACGUCUGGACCGGCACGGACGGACUGAGCCUAAGAAGAUGACUUGGGCAGGCGCCAAGCGUACUUUCAGUAAUUGGGUUGUAUACUUUGUGUCAGCUCUUUAUAUUGCUACUGUGCUAGCACCGUGGGGAUAUGCUUACUUCAACCUCUUCUUGAAGAGUUUGAAAAACGCGGAUGGUAGCGCGAGAUGGUCAACAUCUGAAGUCAAUGCCAUACCAAUCGCAGGUGGUGCUAUCAAUGUCGUCUUUGUAUGGAUAUGGGCAAUACUAUCUGAUCUUCUUCGGACAAGAUGGACACUUAUUGUUGCGCAAGCUGUCAUUGGCUUAAUACCGUGCAUCGCGAUGACCAUCUGGACUUCCCAUCCUGGUUCCACACCAUUGGCUACCGCUUACGCGAGUUACUUCAUAUCAUAUUUGACCCUCGGAACUGCACCGUUGAUCUUCGCAUGGCUCUCUGAUCUUCUACCACAAGAUCCAGAGGCACGUACCCUUAUUGUUGGAGUAGCAGUCGCCACAUACUAUGGUGUAUCUGCUUGGUCACAAGUCCUAGUUUGGCCAGCAUCCCAGGCCCCUUACUACAAAUAUGGCUGGCAAUCGGCAAUUGGCCUCUGGAUCUUUGUCAUCAUUAUGACUUGUUCCCUACGAUUCAUUGACGUCAAGUUUCUGCUUCCAAAACGGAGAGAAGUAUUUUCCGCUAUUCACGGAGUAGAUGGAACUGACGACGAGCAAGAGACUGCAGAUUCUGGACCCAUUAGCAAGUCAAAACCACCAGAAUCGGUAGCAGCAGUUCCAGAAGCAUGAUCGUUCUCGUAGUAUUUUAAAGGCUAAGUCUGGGUGCUUCUCAUGUAAUUAAGCAUCGAACCACACUCAAGCAUUUGGCUUGCGUCUUGUACAUGAGGGAAUAGAGAUAGUUUGACUGUACUUUGGUUUGCCAACUUUCCUAACAUUUUCGUAGCUGCUGCACUUAAUGCAAAGAACUUCGUAAUAUCAAU